AUGGCCAACCUCCCGCCGCCCAUGUCCAACGGUAUUGGUAUCGCGAACCUGCCGAACCAGCGACACAAGAUCGUUGCGAAGCACGGGGCUCACUUCACGGUUAUGGUAGUCGGCGAGUCCGGUCUGGGAAAGACCACGCUCGUCAACACGCUUUUCUCGACAGAGCUGUCGCCCCCGAAGAACUACAACCGCCGUCACCAUAAGCAACUCGACAAGCUCACCGAGGUCGAGAUCAUUAAGGCCGAGCUCGAGGAGAAACAGUUCAAGACGAAGCUCACCGUAAUUGACACUCCCGGCUUCGGUGACUACGUGAACAACCGCGACUCCUGGGCCCCCAUUGUCGACUUCAUUGACGACCAGCACGAGGCUUAUAUGCGCCAGGAGCAGCAGCCGCAGAGGAAGGAUAAAAUUGACCUGAGGGUGCACGCCUGCUUGUACUUCAUCAGGCCUACAGGGCACACACUUAAGCCGCUGGACAUUGAGAUCAUGAAGCGUCUCGGUACCCGUGUCAAUCUCAUUCCGGUCAUUGCCAAAGCCGACACGCUCACUCAAAACGACCUAUUCACUUUCAAGCAGCGCAUUCGGGAGGUCAUUCACGUGCAGGGCAUUCGUAUCUACCAGCCCCCCAUUGAACCUGACGACGAAGUUACUGCGGAACACGCGCGCAUUCUCGCCGAGGCAAUGCCUUUCUCGAUCAUCGGCUCGACCGAGGAUGUGACUACUGCGGACGGCCGCGUUGUGAAGGGUCGUGAAUAUCUCUGGGGUGUCGCCGAAGUUGAAAAUGAGAAUCAUUGCGACUUCCGCAAGCUGCGCUCGCUGCUGAUCCGCACGCACAUGCUUGACCUCAUCUCCACGACGGAAGAGCUGCACUACGAGAACUAUCGCCAGGGACAGAUGGAGUCCCGCAAGCCCGGCGAGUCAAAGCCGCGCAAGUUCGAGAACCCCAAGUUCAAGGAAGAGGAGGAGCAGCUUCGCCGGCGUUUCACUGAGCAGGUCAAGGCUGAGGAGGCACGCUUCAGGCAAUGGGAGCAGCAUCUCAUUCAAGAGCGUGACCGUCUCAACAAAGAUCUUGAGUUGGCCCACAGUGCCAUCAAGUCACUUGAGGCCGAGCUUGAUAACCUCCAGGCUGGUUAUGGCAGGGGAACCAAUAGGCGAUAG